AAUUCCUGCUAAAAUAUGUUUCAUAGUUGUCCUGUAAUUGGUGGUUUUUGGCGCCCCCUACUGGUUGCCUAUAAAUUCGAUGAGAAACCGAGAAUUCCACGCAGUCUGAUCAGCGCUCUGCUGUGGACACUGAGAGAAGAAGCUGUGGCUCACAGCACAUCGUUCCCAGCACAACUCAAGAUGGAUGAAUCAAACUUCACAAGGUUCAGUUCUAACGACUCUUCCGCUGGAUUACCUGAGCUCUCUUGGAAUCAACGUGGUGUGAUCCCGGCAGUGGUAUUAACUUUCUGCUAUCUAGUUGGAGUUCCUGGAAACAUUGCUGUGAUAAUAAUCAAGCCUAACUGGAAGCAUCUGUCCAGGACGACCCGGAGUUUAAUAAUGAGUCUGACCAUGUCUGAUCUAAUGUGUCUGCUUACCCUUCCACUGUGGAUUUACAACUUACUCCUUGGAUGGGCAUUCGGCUUUGUAGCCUGCAAAGUUCUAUCAUACUUUGUGUACGUUACAGUUUAUGUUAGCCAAAGCACUGUGACUGCGUUGAGCAUCCAGCGCUACAUUGUUGUUGUGCGUGGAUGGAAGUGCGACAUACAUAGAUAUGUGGUGGUGGCUCUGCUUUGGCUGUCAUCUUUUACUUUGUGCAUCUAUGUUUUGGUGACUGAACAAGUAACGAAUGACGGACCAUGGAUCCGUUGCAUACCCAGUUAUUCUUCUGAGGCACAGUGGCUGGCUGUGCUGUUCACAGAGAUCUUGUUUGGACUUGCUUCGAUUUUUCUUGUCACAUUAUCAUACAUAUCCCUCCACAAGAAGGUUACGAGUGCAGCCUUUUUUAACCAUCCAAAGACAAGCAGGCUGCUUAUUAGUAUCAUUCUAACCAAUUUUAUUAUGUUUUUUCCACUUCAUGUGGUCAAUAUGCUGGGUGUGUUAGGGAUAAUUAUUAAAAACAAGAAGAUCCUGAAGUUUUGUGCAGACAGUUGGAGUUUAGUCAAAUGUCUUAUAUUUACAAAUAGUACCUUAAAUCCACUCUUGUAUGCUUUUCUUUCUAGUAAAUUCUGUCCGCUUUUCAAAAAGGACUUGACCAAUGCAGAUGAGGGAACUCUCCGAAACACCUGACAUUGCUACAAUUGCAGAACUUUGAUGACAAUAGUGACAAAUGUCAACCCACCCCCCCCCACCCGCCCCAGCCACACAAAAAAAACAAAAUAAGUUUGUUACUUUUCAUUUAAACUGAUGUCACAUCUUCUACUAUCUCUGUUUGUUUUAUUUUUUUCUGCAAUUGCUUAAAUCAGAAAGUUGAUUUUGUCCCUUUGUUUAUGUAAAAUUUAUCAAAUUACACUUUAUAUAACUGUAUCACAUUUGGUUUGCCAGUGAUGUUUUUACCCAUUGAUCUUUGCAAGUAGUAUUUUAAUUUGUUUUCCUUAUAUGCCACUUUUUUCUAUGCUAACACUGUUUAGACUGUCACCUGUAUCUGUACUGUAUCUAUAUUUACUGCUAGUUUUUUCCAUGACUUUUUCAAAACAUACAUAGAAAUACAUUGCUUUCAUAUUUGCUCUCUUCUUACUCUCAAUCACAAUGAAUUUGUACUGAAUUCUGUCUAGAAAACAUGGUGAAAAUUGUAAAUAAAUCUUAUGUUGACAUA